UUUUUAUAUAUGUUUUGUUUUGUUUUGUUUUGUUUUUUUCUUUUGAAAAAUAAGAAAAGAGUUUAAUUGCUUAAUUUCGUUCAUUGUGGGUAAUUUGGAGGCAGGCGGGGAGGGCAUUUCACCGGGUCCUCUCUGCGCCAAUUUCCGUCAUUUCUCCUUCGUCUGCACCGUCGCGUACGGCUCACCGGCACACCAUGUCUCCGACCUGCGACAAUUCAUAUUCUGCCAUUGUCUUCUGUUGUCUGGUUGGUUUUAAUCUGAUAGGCAUGAUUCUUUCCUCUUCUGUGGACUCUAGAGAUUUAGAUUAUCAGCAACGCCCUGUGCUUCUUCCUCUCUAUAUCUCGCCCACGAAUUCUACUCAUCGGCGCGUUUUCGACCGUGAUCACCGUCUCCGGCACCUGCAGAACCUAGUCAAGCCCCACUCCUCAAAUGCUAGAAUGAGACUCCACGAUGAUCUCCUUACCAACGGGUAUUACACCACUCGUUUAUGGAUUGGGACUCCUCCACAAGAAUUUGCUCUUAUUGUUGAUACCGGAAGUACUGUGACAUACGUUCCAUGUUCUAACUGCGUAGAGUGCGGGAAUCAUCAGGAUCCGAGGUUUCAACCAGAGUUGUCUAGCACAUAUCAACCUGUAAAGUGCAAUGUUGAUUGUAACUGUGAUGAGAACGGAGUCCAGUGUACAUACGAGAGACGGUAUGCGGAGAUGAGUACUAGCAGCGGUGUGCUUGCUGAGGACGUCAUGUCAUUUGGAAAAGAAAGUGAACUCGUACCCCAGCGUGCUGUCUUUGGCUGUGAAACUAUGGAAACUGGUGAUCUUUAUACCCAACGUGCUGAUGGGAUUAUGGGUUUGGGCCGUGGUACACUCAGUGUGAUGGACCAACUUGUUGGAAAGGGUGUUGUGAGCAAUUCAUUUUCAUUAUGUUAUGGAGGGAUGGAUGUUGGUGGGGGUGCAAUGGUUCUUGGUGCGAUCUCUUCACCCCCUGGUAUGGUAUUUUCCCACUCAGACCCAUCUCGAAGCCCAUAUUAUAAUAUAGAGUUGAAGGAAAUACAUGUUGCUGGGAAACCAUUGAAGUUGAAUCCGAGGACUUUUGAUGGGAAGUAUGGUGCUAUCUUGGAUAGUGGAACUACAUAUGCUUAUUUUCCAGAAAAAGCCUACUAUGCGUUCAAGGAUGCUAUAAUGAAGAAAAUUAGUUUCCUGAAACAAAUUAAUGGUCCUGACCCGAAUUUUAAAGAUAUUUGUUUCUCUGGUGCUGGAAGGGAUGUCACUGAACUUCCAAAAGUUUUUCCGGAGGUUGAUAUGGUUUUUGCCGAUGGACAGAAAAUUUCACUUUCUCCAGAGAACUAUUUAUUCCGGCAUACAAAGGUUAGUGGUGCAUAUUGUCUGGGGAUCUUUAAAAAUGGGAAUGAUCAGACAACACUUUUGGGAGGAAUUAUUGUUCGUAAUACUCUUGUCACUUACAACCGAGAGAACUCCACAAUUGGGUUUUGGAAGACCAACUGUUCUGAGCUGUGGAAGAAUCUGCAUUAUCUUUCUCCUGCUCCUCCGCCAGCUCCUUUACCUUCCCAUGUUCUGAAUACGAGUAAAGAAGUUCCUCCACCUGGUUCUCCAAGUGUGCCAUUUCUUUCUGGUGAAUUUCAGGUUGGAGUGAUAACAUUUAAUAUGAUGCUUCAUGUCAACAAAUCCUCCGUGAAACUUAACAUCACUGAGCUUGCAGAAUUUAUUGCCAAUGAACUUGAAGUUAGUGUCUCACAGGUUCACGUGCUGAACUUUACGUCUGGGGAAACUGAUUUCUUCAUUAGAUGGGCUAUCUUCCCUGCUGACUCGGCUGGUUAUAUAUCUAAUUCCACGGCGAUGGACAUAAUUUCUCGCUUGAAGGAACAUGACUUGCAACUUCCUGAAAAAUUCGGAAGUUAUCAGCUGGUUGAAUUGAAUGUUGAACCCCCGUUAAAGAAGACAUGGAUGGAGCAACACUUCUGGUCUAUAAUGACUAUUGGACUAGCAGUUACCUUAGUAGUUGGAUUGGCCGCCGGAAGCACAUGGUUGAUUUGGAGAUAUAGACGGAGGGACAUGAGUUCCUAUGAGCCAGUUGGCGUAGUAGGACCUGAGCAAGAGCUUCAGCCGAUAUAGAUCCUAAUUUUCCCCCCUUUUUUGGUUGAAGUCAUGGUUCUGUUUAUCGGAUGUAUAGUUUAGAAUUAAAGAAAAGAAAUGAUUUGGUUAGGGAGAGAGAGUGGAGUUCAAAAUAGCUUUCUAAAACUGAGUGUAUAAUGGUAGUGUCACACUGUCGCUCAUACCAUCAAAUAUUUAGGACUGUAGAAGGGAUGAUGAUAUCUUGUACACUGAUAACGAGUUGUAGUAAAACCACAGGAAGAAGGAAAAAACAUGAAUUUGAUUGGAAUGAGAUUUGUAUUUGAGAAA